AGUCGAGAUCGAGGGGUAUCCCGAUUAUGGCAGCGGGGCUACUUUAAGGGUGGUUUUGUAACUAAAGAAUUACCGAGAACGCCGUGCCAGUAAACCAGUUCGUUAACGGACGUAGAUCGGCUAAGUGUUAAUUCAUUGGUGAUUUAAAUGUUAAAAAGUAACACCAAAAUCCUGGAGCCCCCCCAACUAAAAAAAUACCCUUAGACUCUGCAGCUUUGUUAAGAUCGUUAAAGGGAGUGGGUUAUAAGUUUUUUUUAACGUGAAACAGGGUAUAUUCGUCUCGCGCGUAUGGUGAUGUCAGAGCAGGGUGGCAUUGCCAUGCAUCAGCUACCCAUUCAUCACAGAGGUCUGGUACAGCCCAGCUUGGUUAUGAACCCUCAUCCAAUGGGCGAUACCUGCUCCUUAGACUCUCAAACGAAAAAACCUCGGAGGCUAAGUCACUGCGUUGGAUGUGGUGGUCAAAUUCACGAUCAGUACAUCCUUAGGGUAGCUCCUGAUCUCGAAUGGCAUGCUGCCUGCCUUAAAUGUCAGGAAUGUCAACGGUUCCUGGACGAAUCAUGCACGUGUUUUGUUAGGGACGGAAAAACUUAUUGUAAAAUUGAUUAUGUUAGGUGUAUCAUGUAUUCGUUGUACGGAGGAGAGAUGUUGGCAAAGAUUCUGUUUGCACAAGUGAUGUCUUUCGGGUCGUAUGUCGAGACCCCUGGCCCCCGAUCACAUAUGCCCUCCUUCAUCGCCUUCUCCUCCGCCUGUCGCCUUGUUGUUGAUAUCACUGCUUGCUCUUAUUCGGGUUCGGAAAGCGGUUCGCAUAAGAGUGGCGGGGGCGGCAGCGGUACAGGUCGAAAAACGGCGUCGGGGGGUGGUGCGGGUAGCGACGGUAAACCAACGAGGGUGCGGACUGUGCUGAAUGAAAAGCAACUGCAUACGCUGCGCACCUGCUACGCGGCGAAUCCACGUCCCGACGCUCUCAUGAAGGAGCAGCUCGUCGAAAUGACGGGACUCUCACCCCGCGUUAUACGAGUCUGGUUUCAGAACAAGAGAUGCAAAGACAAAAAAAAGACCAUACUUAUGAAGCAGCAGAUGCAGCAGGAGAAGGAUGGCCGUAAGCUCGGUUACGGGGCGAUGCAGGGUAUUCCGAUGGUAGCGUCUUCUCCAGUAAGGCACGACUCCCCGUUAGGAGUUCAUCCGUUGGAAGUACAAGCUUAUCAACCUCCGUGGAAAGCUUUGACGGAUUAUGCUCUUCACAGUGAUCUUGACCAACCACCGCACGCACCUGCCUUCCAGCAAUUAGUCAAUCAGAUGCACGGUUACGAUUUACCUCCACCACCAAUGGGUCCAGCACCAGCAGGUCCCCCUCAGGGAAUGCCUCCUAUCUCAGGUCCUCCGACGGAUGGAAUGACUCAUCCGGACAGUACAGAUAGUUAUGUAACUUGUUUUGAGAGUGACGACAGUUUGCCUGCUAGUCCGUAACCUUCGUAUUUUUCGUUUCUUUGGAACAUGAACUAUCAUUUGCGCCUUGUUAAUUACGAAUUACAGUGCAAUAUUUUUAAAAAUGUUAACUACUUCAGUCAGUUACUUCAGUUAGGAAACGGAAUCGGAAACCAAUCGUAAACAAAACAGAAACAAAAAAAUAUUUUUUUUUUAUCUUAAUACGUAUUAUAGUAAUACCUUAUUAUUAUUGUUAUAUUUUUUUUGUAUUUUAUAACUCCUUGGAAAAAUAAUCUCAUUAAAAUAAGCUAACUGACUGUCGACGUUCAAAUAUGAAUUUUAUUUGAUAAAAGAACUGAUGAACAAAAAUUGGAACAAAUUGUGUAAUUAUUGUAACAUUUCUUGUAUAAUUUGUUAUUAAGCUACUAUAGUGUUUUUCUAGAUGUUUCAGCUAUGAAAGUUUAAAAUUACUUUGUUCGAUAUUUUCAAGUGUCAGUAUCAAAAAUAAUUUAUUACAAUUACAUGUAUUUGAUAUAUCAUGCAUAAAUGUAUAUAAUGUUACAUCUAAAAAGUAUG